GCUGUGUUCCGAACGGACUUCUGGGUAAUGUAGUUUAGCAGCCCACGUGGGAGUUUGGAAACAUGGCGGGUCUGGAGCUGCUGUCGGACCAGGGAUACCGUUUGGAUGGAAGAAAAGCCAACGAGCUGCGGAAAGUUCAGGCCCGGAUGGGAGUGUUCGCUCAGGCGGACGGUUCGGCUUAUAUAGAGCAGGGCAACACCAAAGCUCUGGCUGUUGUUUACGGUCCACAUGAAAUGAGAGGAUCCCGCAGUCGUACUCUUCAUGAUCGUGCUGUUAUAAACUGUCAGUACAGCAUGGCAACAUUCAGCACAGCAGAGAGAAAAAGAAGACCUCACGGAGACAAGAAGUCCACAGAGAUGAGCCUCCAUCUGAAACAGACCUUUGAAGCAGCGAUCCUGACCCAGCUCUACCCACGCUCACAGAUAGACAUCUUUGUCAAGAUCCUGCAGGCAGAUGGGGGAAACUACAGCGUAUGUGUAAAUGCUGCGACUUUGGCAGUGAUUGAUGCAGGGAUCCCAAUGAGGGACUAUGUUUGUGCUUGCACUGUGGGUUUUGUGGACGAGACACCGCUGGCCGACCUUUGCUACACAGAAGAGAACGGAGGGAUCAGCUCACUGGCCUUGGCACUGCUGCCCCGUGGUGGGCAAAUCGCACUACUCCAGAUGGACGCCAGAUUACAUCAAGAUCAUCUGGAAACCAUGAUCGAGGCUGCAAUGACAGCCUGUAAAGGUGUGAGCAAGGUGCUGGAUGAGGUGGUGCGACAACAUCUGCAAGAGGCCUCAGCGCUCAGUAGAGACUGAAGGGCUACAGCUGUCAGGAGAAUGUGGACUUCAUCUGAACGACAACACAGACUGCUCACUUAUGCCACAUCACUUAUCAAAACGGAUGGGAAAAAAAAUAAAAAAUUUAACUGGACAUACAGUGAGGUUUAAGAGUGUAAAUAUGUCAGUGCAUUCAUGUCAUUAUAGUUUGUUUUUUAAUAAAUGUGACUAGACCAAGUA